UUCACGACACUUUUAUAUUCACGCAAUCUAACCCCAAAAAAAACCUGCACCCGGUAAAAUUGAGGGGUUCUCUCUAAGCUCGCAAUAACUUAAGUUUAGCAGCAAACGAAUAAAAUCAAGAGGCGUGACCUUCACAAUAACAAAACGUGAAUGUUGAGUGGCACUCUAAUGUGCAAUAGUAGCUUUGAAGAAAGAAGCCACGAUGAUGAAACUAAACAUUUAGAUUUAGGGGCUGUGGGAGGAGAGGAGCCGUGCGUGGAUGUCUGCUGCGGUACAAUGGGCGCAUUGUUCACGCGGAGUCGGGAAGGUGGAGGGAGGGGAGCGAUGGGGUCCAGGUGAGGAGACCCGAGGCUGAUGGAGCAGAGCAGCUGAACGCGAGCACCGGGAGGGGGACGUUCGCUCGCUCCGGGGCCCAGGGGCCUCUCUCUCUCCCUCCACCAUGACGCGGACACCGAGGUUGGCAAAGGAUCCCAGGCUGCCGAGGGACUUGUUGCGCAUCUUGGUGGUGUGCGUUCACAUCACGCGCCAAGGAGGCUGCGUUGCUGAUGGGGACUUCUACCCAUUCGGGUUGGAAGCAGGAGACAAGGAGACUCCCAAGUCCGACGAUGGCGGCUCUCCAGAAAUCCAUCUCUCAUCGCCCUUCACGUACUUUGGCAUCGUUUACCAUUCCCUCUACGUGAACAACAACGGAAUCGUGUCCUUCCGAGUCCCCGUGGGCCAGUUCACGCCGGAGGGCUUUCCCCUGGGCGACGGCCGCGCCUUCAUCGCCCCGUAUUGGGCCGACGUCCACAACGCCCUGGCCGGCUCCGUGUCAUACCGCGAGGCCCUCCCCGGGCCCCUGCUGGCCCGAGCGGCCGCCGACAUUCAGCGCGGCUACGGCUCCCUCUCCCGGCAGCCUCUCGCCUGGGGAUUCGUCGCGACCUGGAGCAACGUCACCUUUUAUGGUGGCAGCGAGAGGACGCCUAUUAAUUCCUUCCAGUUGCUGCUGGCCUCCAAUGGCAACGUGUCGUUCGUGAUGUUUAAUUACGGGGACAUCACUUGGACGACCGGAACGGCGAGCGGAGGGGACGCGCUGACCGGGCUUGGAGGAAAGCACGCGCAGGCCGGAUUCAACAGUGGCGAUGAGGGCCGAUACUUCACUCUCCCGGGCUCCCGCACUUUCGACAUCGUUCACGUGCAAAACACGAGCAACGUGAACAAGCCGGGGCGAUGGAUCUUCCGUGUCGACCAGCUGGAAGUGGACCCAGCGAAUGGAUGCAAUGUAAAUGGUCACUUCCACAGAUACGGAGAGAGGUUUUGGACGGACGAGGCUUGUUCGACCAAAUGCAGCUGUCUCGACAGCUUCGACGUCCUCGCCCAAGAUUCCGUGGCGUGCGUCGAGGAAGGCUGCGAGCCGCACGAGGCGUGCACGCCGGGGCCCGGGGCCGCCUUCUCGUGCCGCGCCACCUUCACCGCCGCCUGCGUCUUCUUCUCGGGCGCGCACGCGCGCACCUUCGAUGGCGCGCUGCUGCGAACCGGCGGCCGCAGCGACUGCAGCCACGGGCUUGUGCGCCUGUGCGACGAGGAGCAGGCGGCGGCGUUCAGCGUGGAGGUCGUCACCCGGAGAGGGGGACGAGGACGGGCGCUGUCCGACAUCACCCGCCUCACCGUCGUCGCGUCCGCUCUGCGCGUCGCGCUGAGCGCGGGGAACAGCGGUCACGUCAGGGUGAACGGGGUGGUGCGCUCGCUGCCAGCGCUGCUGGACAACGGCACGGUGCACGUCUACCCCAGUGGCUUCGGCAUCGCUUUAGACACCAGCUUCGGCUUGAAGGUCUCCUUCGUCUCAGACCACCUCGUCUUCGUAUCGUUGCCUGGGCGAUUCUUUAACAAGACCUGCGGAAUGUGUGGCAACUUCAACAACGACACCGCCGACGAUUUCCCGAGGGCGGAAUUUAAUUUGACCGCGGAUAACGAGAGGCGUUGCUCCGCGCCCUGCGCCGGCAAUUGCUGGGACUGCAAAAGCGAGAGCCAGAAAUGGUUUCCGAAGCAGCAGACGUGCGGGAUACUGAACCGGACAUCGGGCCCGUUCUUCGACUGUCACUCGGCGGUCGAGCCCGCUCCGUUCGUGACGAGCUGCCUGCUGGACGCCUGCCUCUCGGCGGGCGGCAAUGGCUCUCGGGGGGAGGUGGAGCAGCCCAGGGCGGUGUGCCGCGUUCUCGAAGCGUACGCUCUGCUCUGCCAGGCGCUGGGCGCGAGUCUUCAGCCAUGGCGCGUCCACACGCCGUGCGGUGAGAACGGCGCCCCGACCCUCCUCGGCAUCCCUGAGUCGUCCUUUCCCCACGAGAGCGAGUGGACACAGUGUGGCACGUCACACCCUGCAGGCUCCGCGUGCCCGGAGCGCGGCGUCUACGCUCUGUGCGGCAGCGCCUGUGCCGACUCGUGCGGCGACCGGACCGCCGCGGCACGCUGCGUGCGUCCGUGCCGCGAGUCGUGCCGAUGCCCCCGGGGCUCCGUCCUCGCCGAGGGCCGCUGCACCGACGCCGCCGAGGCGUGCGGCUGCGUGCACCGAGGCCUCUACUUCCGCGUCGGUCAGAGUCUCCCGCAGGACGCGGAAUGUAGCCGCAGCUGCACCUGCGGCUCCGGCGGGGAGGUGCGGUGCCAGGAGCUUCAGCAGUGUCCGCGCGAGGACGCCUGCCACGCGGACGCCGCCUCGGCGUGCACCCUGAGGCCCGAUUGGACUCUUACCACAUUUGAUGGCGUUUUGCUGAGGCUCCCAAAAUAUUCUGGAUUCAUGCUGACGAGGCUGUGUGAUUAUUCAACGCGUCCAGAUCAAAAUAUGGAUUUUCAAGUCGUCAUCAGUGGAAGAAACCAGCCUUCAGACCAACAAAAUACUGUCAGCGUUGACGUCAAUAUUUUGCACUAUACUCUCAAUAUAACACGCAGCAGAAGUGGGAUCUUGGUGCAGAUGGACGGUUCCCCGGUAUUGCUACCUCUUAGCUUGGGCGGUGGUAAUUUGCAGCUGUACGAAAUGGAGUCUGGCAUGACCGUUUCGGCCACCAAUGUGAAAUUACAAAUCACGUUUUCUGUCAGUGGCAACGUGGUGGUGUGCGCGGGAGAGAGGCUGCAGGGCCUGACGUGUGGAUUGUGCGGCAACUUCAACGGCAAUGCGGGCGACGACGCAUACACUCCUGAUGGGGUUGUUGCCGAUAACCUGGAGGAAUUCGUCUUCAGUUGGAGGCGAGGCAUCAUAACCUGCACGGAUUUCUGCAAGGAGUUCAAUGCCUCGUGUCUACUGGGCGAUCAGCACGGGGAGCAGGCUUGCCUCGUUCUGCUGGGGACCUCCCACAACCCCUUCGUGGCGUGCCACAGCACCGUCGACCCACGCCCGUUCCACCAACGAUGCCUGCGGGCGGCCUGCCUGUCCCCGCGCCCGCAGGCCGGGGUGUGCCGUGCGAUCGAGGCCUACGAGCUCGCGUGCGGCGGGAUCGGCGUCCGUGCCGAGUCGUGGCGUAACGCCACGUUCUGCCAUUACAAACCACAUUUGGAUCAGAUCAACGCGAGCAGCCCUCCCUCAGCGACCAGGAUGCCGGAGUCUAUGGUCAGAGAGGAGACCACGUCUGCUGCUGAAGUGGAGAGACCACCAGAACCAACAAACUUCAUCAUCACAGACUCGCUGGUGGUGGAGGUCUCGUGUUUCGCGUCGCACAUGGAGGUGGUGCUACCCAAGCUGGCGCUGUCGUGGCAUGGCUACAGCGUGAAGGAGAUUCACCUCAACGACGAGCGCUGCACCCCAAGCACCUCCCCCAGGGCCUUUAGGUGGCACCUCGUCGCGUCGUAUGGCGCCUGUGGAAACAUCAUGAGGUCCAACACUACACACGUGGCGUACGUCAACACCAUCCGAAUGCGCACGGCGAAACAUUUCGAAGAUGCGGUGGUGCGAGAGACGCUCGUCAAUGUGGAGUUCGCCUGCGCGUACGAGCGCGACAUCCGUGUGUCGCUGAACACCAUCAUACAGCCCAUGACGAGUGUGAUAAACAUGACCCUGCCCGUUAAGAAGGGAACGUUCGUGGCCAGGAUGUUGCUGUACGUCAACGCCAGCUACCAGUUCCCGUACGACGCCGGGGACCUGCUGCUGUCCACCCUGGACACCCUCUUCGUGGGGGUCGUCCUGAAAGACGAGGGCCUCGAGAUAUUUCCCGACAACGGUCGCACAAAAGCGCACUUGGUGCUCGUGCUCAACGAGUGCUGGGCCACGCCGGGACCCAGCCCUGCGGAUGACACGCGGUACACCAUCAUCCACCACGGGUGCACCAACCCACGGGACAGCACCGCGCAGGUGGAGGAGAACGCAGUGUCGCAGAAGUGCCGCUUCCACGUGAAGGUGUUCCGCUUCGUGGGGAACCAGACGGAGAUCCACCUGCACUGUGACGUCUCGCUGUGCGACGCCAUGGAGGCAGCGUGCUCCGUGAAAUGCCCCACAUCUCGCAUGCUGCCGACGUGGCAUUCCGAUGUGCCCACAGUUCCUGAACAAGUGCUGUCUAUUGGCCCUAUACGGCGCAGAGGUGCAAGCUCGCUAGGAGAGUGGUGUGGGCCUGACACAACUCUGCUGUGGGCUCUGUCUCUGCUUGCGCUCUGCUGUCUCCCAAGAGACUGAAUAUUUUCUUCGCUGGAGACAAUGCUUAAUUUAUGCUAUACACUUUACAUUACAAUUGUUACAUAUAUUAUUUUGCUGUGAUGGAAAGUACCUAGAAAUUUAUAAGAUUGGGUAAGGGAGAUGGAAAUAACAAAAUCAACGAAAACUGUUCUAAUCGACAAAGUUAAGUAUAUAUAUACGGUCUCCAAAUACACGUCACUCUCAAACAACACGUCUUAAGCCCAACACUAAUUAUAAUUAUUUUCUGAUUAUGCUCGUUUACGCAGGAAAGCCUUACUAAAUUCGUGACUCUUUUUCAAAAUGGUCCUGCCCAGUUAUCGCAGGAGGGAGUGAUGGUUGAUAUGGUACAUUCUAUUGGAGAUAAUUUACAGUGUAAUUUUUCAAAUGUGGCAAGUUUGGACCGUGAUGCCGGCACACAAAAGUUACUAUUUCGCGAAUGUCAUCAUGGGAUCGUUAACAUCCACUGUGAAGGAGAUGGAGCGUGGUAUAAGUUAGGUUAACAAACACAAAGUAUUAAUCAGGGCGGUUGCGAGAUUCAAACUGCAACAAAUGUCGAAUGCACUACCUCGGGGUCGCUUCAUCGCCCACGUUAUACUGAGAAUGCACCACACGGUUAUCUCUCGAUUGCAACGAGCGCGACUCUGCCUGGAAACUUCAGUUUGAAAUGUCGUGAUAUCAAAUAACGCACCGAGACCAAUGGAGGGGAGGGGGGGGGAGUGCUGGAUCCGCCACUGAACGGCACGGAGGAGAGUUUGUCUGUCAGAGCUUGUGAACAGUGAGGUUCUCUCCGAUGAUUCCGAAAUCCCAUGGGACGCCUGCUGAGACGUUGCCGCAGCACACCGGUGUCGAAGCACGGACGUAGAGAGCCGUGAGUGUUGCACAGCAAGGCGGUCAGGGGAGACCCCUGCCCAGGUGCCAGGGCCAGUGACAGAGAGAGAGCGCGGAGGCGUAAUUGGCAGCAACAUAAAAAGAGAUGCACCUUGGUACAAGAGGCAGACUGAAGUGGAGGAAGAGCGCUAAGAGGCUGAUUGCGCUAAGCGGGCCAUGGUCCCUGCCGAGUCGGGAAGGGGAACCGUGGGCGUGGGUGACGUAAGAUGCACGGUGUAGCAGGCGAGGAGUCGAGUUGUGUCGCGCAAGUACUCUCAGCGAGGACCUGUCAAGUCCGGCACGGCACGCGAGGUGGUGGGUGGCCAGCACCACGCUCGGCCGCCUUUGUCUCACCAGUGGCCAUGUUUACACACCACACCAGGUACGAAGUUGAGUCGACCUAGGGGAAGCCCAGGACCAGUUCAGAUAAUCGUCAGUGGUGUUGGCCAUGAGCAGGAAUUGAACUCGGGCCGUUGGAUUCAUAGCAUCACGCGCUAACCACUGCACCACCGUUCCCCUUCAGGGUUAUGUACACACAUAGAACUGAGACUUUUGUCCUGGUUAGUUCACGUGUAUUGAAGUUGUUAACGAGUAAGAAUAAAAUCGUUUCCGUUCAUCUUCGACAAGUCUCCGAGGAGGUAAUUAUUUCACACGUGUGCUGCAUUAAUAAUAUCGCAGGCUGUGGCAGAGCCUUCCAGCAAAUGAAGGCGGCUGGCAUUGUCGUCUGACGAGAGCAGAACGCCCUGCGGAAGGCAAGCAACAAAUCAAGGCCGUAAUAUAUAUUGGGGGGCACACAUCCCCCCCAAUAUUCAAAUAUGCUCAAAAUGUCCCCCCCAAUAUAUUGCUAUGAAAAUUUUUUGCUAUUUCAUGUAGAUCAAAAAAACAAUUUGCUAAACCUUGGCCACAAUAUCUGGACUUGUCUUCAUAUAAAUCAAUGCAUAGA